AUUGAAAAUCCCAAUUAAGGAAAUUAUAACGUAUAUUUUCCAGCAUUUUUCGACCAUCCCAUAUUUCGUACUUACACACAACACACACAGAGUUAAUCUUACAUGUUGAUAUAUACAUACCUGAAUUUAUACAAAGAUAAAAAUUGUAAUAUAGUGUACUUUUUCAGAUUUUACAGUUCAUUCUGAGGUUUGUCUGCACCAACCAGAACCCGUGCUUGAUAAUGAAAAUGCAGACUAGACUUUAGAGAGAGAGAGAGAGAGCAGAGCACAGUGAGAGAGCUGAGAGGAAAAAAAUGGGGUAAAGUGAAAAUUAGCGGCUGGUGUGGAUCAUAUCAACAGCUGCUGAUAAGAAUCUGUUUCUUUGCUAUUAAUUUGUGUGGGACAGUUCUGUGUUAACUGAGCAUUCAUCUACGUGUUGUUCUGCUACGGGUAUACAAACACGCUGUUUUCUCAGGGGGUGAAGGGAGUUGCAUUUGUGUUCUCUGCUGGAGUUAUGGCCAACUUAUCUCAUUCUGAAUCGAGACGAUUGUAUUCAUGGUGGUGGGAUAGCCACAACACCCCAAAGAACUCAAAAUGGCUCCAGCAAAAUAUCACAGAUAUGGACGGCAAGGUGAAGUGCAUGAUCAAACUCAUCGAAGAAGAUGCAGAUUCAUUUGCUAGACGGGCUGAAAUGUACUACAAGAAACGCCCAGAGUUGAUGAAACUGGUUGAGGAGUUCUACCGUGCCUACCGUGCAUUAGCUGAAAGAUAUAACCAUGCAACAGGGGAGCUCCGCCAUGCUCAUCGAACAAUAGCAGCAGCAUUUCCUGAUGAAGUUCCUUUUGAACUUGUUGAUGAGGGCGAUGUGGAUCACAUGCUUGAGAACACACGGGCGAGUUCUACGUCUGAUCAGGAAGAUUCUGAUGGAGGCAUGAAAAAAAGGGGUUUAAAGCAAUUGCAAGAGAUGUUUGGACUCAAAGAAACGUCGCCUCAAGGUUCAAGUUCAGCUGACAUAAGGUCCAGAAGAGGCCAAAAAAGAGAAGAAGGAUCUCAAGAUGCUGUAGUGCAGUUGUCAACUGAGAAUCAGAAUCUUAAAGAUAAGAUUGUUAGUGAGACUGAAAGAGCAGGAAAAGCUGAAAUCGAAGUUUGCAGCUUGAAGAAAGCACUUGCUGACAUGGAAGUCGAAAAAGAGGAUAUCCUGCUUCAGUAUCAGCAAUGCCUCAAAAAUCUGCUGGAGAUCGAGGGAGAGCUGCGCCAUGCGCAAAUGGAUUCAACGAGGCUCAAUGAGAAGGCCGGUAGAGCUGAAAUCGAAGUUCAAACUUUGAAGGAAUCCCUCAUUCAGUUAGAGUCUGAAAAGAUUGCUGGAAUGGUGAAAAAUGAAGAGUAUUUGGAGAAGAUAUCUCAUCUCAAGGCUAUGGUUUCUCGACUGCAAGAAGAUAUGAAGGGCCUCGACAACAGAACAUUUGCAGUGGAGAGUGAAGCACAAACUCUGAAAGAUGAAAUGUCGAGAUUAGAGCUUGAAAAGAAAGCAGCAGCGUGUAGGUACGAGCAGUGUCUUGGAAAGAUAUCAGAGUUGGAAAACAUAAUCUCUAGUAAGGAAGACGAUGGGAGGAUGCUUAAGAAGCAAGCAGAAAUGGCUGAAAUCGAAGUCUCAAAACUGAGGAAGUCCGUUGCCGAUCUAAACAAGCAGAAAGAAGCUUCUGCUUUUCAAUACAAGCAAUGCUUAGAAACGAUAUCCAAGCUUGAGGGAGAUAUAUCUAGCGCAAAAAAUGAAGUUGAACGCCUUAACCGUGAAGUCUUGAUUGGAACUUCGAAGCUCAGGACUACGCGAGAGAAGUGCACUCUGCUUGAGAUGUCUAACCAAGCAUUGCGAGUUGAGGCUGAUGAUCUGGCAAAGAAGAUUGCAAUGAAAGAUCAAGAGCUCUCGAGCAAGCAGGAGGAGCUCGAGAAACUUCAGUCCGGUUUACAUGAUGAGAGUGCCCGUCAUGCGCAAGUUGAAGCCACGCUCAAGACUCUGCAAAGUUUGCACUCUCGGUCCCAAGAUGAUCAGAGAGCUCUUGCCUCGGAGCUCAAAGACAUGCUUCGGAUGCUAGAAGACGUGGAGGCAAGCAAACGUGGUUUGGAGAUGGAGCUUCAGCAAGUUAGGGAUGAAAAUCAUGAUAUGAGUCAAUCUUCGUUCUCUUCAGCCGUGUCUAUGGAGAAUAUGCAAAAUGAGAUCUUUAGUUUGAAGGAGAUUAGGGAGAGGCUCGAAAAGGAAGUAUUGCACCAUAUGGAAAUAAGCAUAUCCCUUCAUCAUGAGAUUUCAUGUUUGAAAGAAGAAAUCGAGCGCUUGAACAAGAGCUACCAGGCUUUGGUUGAGCAAGUGGAAGCAGCAGGUCUCAACCCGAAAUGUCUUGGGGCUUCUAUGAAGAGCUUGCAGGAUGAGAACUCGAGGCUUAAAGAAUUGCAUGAAGAGGACAGCAACGAAAAGGAGAUUCUGUUGAAAAAGUUAGAGAACAUUGAUGAAAUCUUGAAGAAGAAAGUGGCAGCCGAGAGGUCCCUCUCGGACUUGAAUGGUGAGCUGGAGAUGUCGCGCGAAAAGGUUAAGGCGCUGCAAGAAUCCUGCAAACUCCUCCAUGGAGAUAAGGCUACUCUUGCUGCUGAGAAAGCUUCUCUUCUAUCUCAGCUGCAAGCAAUAACCGAGAGCAUGAAUAGUUUAGUGGGACAAAAUGCUGUUCUUGAGAACUCGUUGUCUGCUGCAAAAGUUGAGCUUGAAGGCUUGAGGGAAAAAUCCAAGGGAUUAGAAAAUAUCUGUGAUUUGCUCAAGAAUGAAAGGUCAUAUCUUUUAUCUGAAAGGGACAGCUUGAUUCUUAAGUUGGAAAACGUGGAGAGGAGACUUGAAAGCCUAGAGAAGAAGUUUACACGAUUGGGAGAGAAAUACGCGGACUUAGAGAAGGAGAACGAGGCCAUGCAUUUUCAAGUGGAGAAACUCAAGGUCUCGUUAGGUGAGGAGAAGCUGGAACGAAUAGGUUCACAGCAACUAAGUGAGACGAGGAUGGCUGGACUUGAAACCGAGAUCCAUCUCCUGCAAGAAGAAAACAAAUGGAAGAAGAAAGAAUCCGAAGAGGAACUCGAAAAGGCUCUGAAAGCUCAGUUUGAAAUAUCGAUAUUUCAGAAAUUCAUACAAGAUAUGGAAAACAAGAAUUACUCUCUCAUCAUCGAGUGCCAAAAGCAUGUUGAGGCGUCUAAAUUGGCGGAAAAAGUGAUAUCGGAGCUCGAGAGUGAAAGCCUUGAGCAGCAGGUGGAAGCUGAGCUCUUGUUGGAUGAAAUUGGAAGCCUUAGGUUAAGCAUAUACCAAAUUUUCACGGCCCUCGAAAGCAGUCCAGAUUGUGCACCCGAGGACAAGGUCGAGAGUGAGCAGACUUUGGUGCAUCAGAUUCUUGGAAGUGUUGAAGAAAUGAAAUGCGCCAUCUCGAAAAAUGAGGAUGAAAAGCAGCAGCUCUAUGUUGAGAAUUCGAUUCUUGAAGCCCUCCUCGAGCAGUUGCAGUCCAAGGGCAUGGGGAUUGAGUUACAGAAGCAGCAGUUGGAGCAGGAGGCUGAAAUCAUGGCGAAGAAACUUGCCAUUGUGAACAAUGAAAAGGAAGAACUCCUAGAGAUGAACAGGCAGUUGAAAUCAGAUUCGAGCAAGGGUUCUCAGGCGACUUUGGUGCUUCAGGCUGCGUUGGCGAGUCUUUGUGUUAGACAAGGUGAUCUGCAGGCGGCUUAUAAUGCAUUACAUGAAGCACACUCUCGAGAAAAGCAGGAAAAUGCAUGUUUGCUGAAGAAGUUAUCUGAUCUGAUAGAGGAGAAACGUCGAGUGGAUCAGCAUAACGAUGAUAUCCUCUUGGAAUUCUUGGCAACGGCCAAUCAAUCUGUCUUGUUGAAGAGCUUCGUAGCAGAGAAACUUAUGGAGCUAAGAUCGCUACUCGAAGAUCUGAACAAUCAACACGAGGUGAACAGUUGCCUCGGAAGAGAAAUGAAUGAGUUGGGGGGCAAGCUCGACCUACAGAAGGCUGAAAAUCUAGUCCUCAAAGAUGCCGUGUGCAGAUUGGAAAGUGAGAUCCAAGAAAUCAAAGAAUCUAACUUUCAAAUGAAGCAGGACAUAGAAAGUAGUACGGAGAGCUUACUUCAGACAAAGACGAAGCUCUUUGACACAGAAAUGCAGCUUGAAGCUACCGAGAAGCUUAACUCCACGUUGUUUGUGACUGUAGCGGAGCUGAAAAUUGGCAUUCAUAGGUCACAGCAGGUACGAGAAGAUCUAGAGAAGAACAUGGCCCGUCUCUUGGAAACUAAUUCCACACAGAUGAAGGAGAUUCAGACCCUUCACAAAGUCAACAAAAACUUAGAAUCUGAACUUGGCCUACUUCAUCAAGAAAUCGAAGAAAAUGUAGUGAGAGAGCAGACACUUGGUAUAGAGCUCCAAGGCAUGAACAAUGAGUUCGAACUCUGGGAGGCCGAAGCAGCAAAUUUUGUUUUCGAUCUUCAGGUCUCUUCUGUCCAAGAAGUUCUGUUAAAGGAUAAGGUGCAGGACCUCACCGGGGUGUGCCAGAAUCUUGAGCUUAAAAAUGCUGCAAAAACAUCAGAGGUUGAACAAAUGAAAGGAAAGAUUUGUCUGAUGGAGAGCGAAAUCAAGGGACUGAAAUCCAAACUUUCAGCAUAUGAUCCAGUCAUAGCUUCCCUAGGAGAUGAUAUAACACUCAUAGAGCACAAUCUACUACUUCGUUCCAACCUUAAAGCUGCACAUAGUCAAGAGACAGAGCAGUUUCUGGAAUUUGCUCUUCAAGCUAGUGAAGCCACAUCUCUGAUACCUUCGGAAGAUCAAUCCCUUCUUAGUUUGCAGAAUUUGCAGAUGAGAGCUAAGGUAGUCAGAAAAUUGAUGGAAGACACAAACAAACCUGCUUUGCGGAGAAGAUCAAAUUCAAAGAGCAAACAAGAACCUGUGAUUGGUGAGGUUGACCACUCGAAGAUGCAGCCCAACUCAGGUAGAGACAAGCAUGAGCGCAGCAGCAAGAAAGCAUAUUCAAGUGAGCUGAAUGACUCUCCCAAGUUGCAGAAAGCAAAAGCCAAAGCCUCAGAAGCCCGAAAUGUGAUGCUAAUGAAAGAUAUUCCUCUUGAUCAAGCCUCUGAUAACUCCAUGAGGAAGACUGGUAACGCUGGCUCUGAUGAUCUGAUGCUUGAGCUGUGGGAGACUGUCGAGAAUGGAAACAGAGAUCAAACAAUUGGAGAAUCUCUUAGGUUGACGGGCAGAUCAAAGGGAAGGGAAAGAGCUUAUGAUCAAUUACUACCAUCCACCGACUCAGAUAUGGAGAAAGAGUGGGCCGUGGAUAAGCUGGAGCUGUCGGCUAGAUUCACCGAGCCUAAUCAAGAACUGAACGACAAACACAUCCUCGCGAGACUUGCCUUCGAUGCUGAGAAGCUGGAAAGUCUCCAGACAGCACUGUAUGACUUGAGAAGGAAACUGGAGAUGAACAAGAAGAAUAGAAAGGCCAAAAACGUCGAUUUUGGAGCAGUUAAGGAACAGUUGCAGGAAGCAGAGGACACACUAGUUCAUCUGGUUGAUUUGAAUGUACAGCUGGUGAAGAACAUAGAAGAGUGCCCUCCUGAAGAAAUGGCUUCUCCAAGGCUGAAAGAGACGAUGAAGACAUGGAGAGUCAAGGUGAUGGAGCAAGCUGAAAAGGGGUCCGAGAGGAUCAACGUGCUCGAACUAGCCGUGCAAAAGAUUCAAUUCGUGCUGUCAAAGGUGGAGGAUGAAGGCAAAGGGAGCAACAGAUUCUUGAGAAGCAGAACUGUGAUUUUGAGGGACUUCAUUCACAGUGGAAGGAAGAACAGCGGAAGGCGAAAGAAAGGGCCCAACUGUGGGUGUUUCAAGCAAUCAACUAGUGGAAACAGAAGCCGUUCUUGAGUUUUCACUUUGUCUGAAAGAUUGAUUCUUGGAGGUGUUGGUAGGUUUGUUUCUGUUAAGAUAGUUGGAACUGACUCAUCUCAUAAGUUGAGAGGAACUGUAAUAACUAGAUGUUGCUCUAUUUGUGUAUUUUCAGCUCAUCAUUAUGUUGGUCUUAGAAAUAUUGGUGUUUCAUAUGCAAGAAAACCAGUUAAGUUA